AAAAACAUGAAGAUGAAAGCUCGAAAUUACAUCACAUCGUUUCCACAAAACACUUCAAUUGGGAGGAUGGCAGUUAACGCCCGCUGAUUUCACAUUGCACAAACUUUUGCUGUGGGGUGUCACUGCGUAAAACUCGUGCGUAAAACUCGUGCGUAAAACUCACCAACUUCAUCAUGUCCACUACCGAUGCUUUUUAAAUAUAUUGCACUACACGUGUGAUACACUUCUCUCUGUGGAUCUCACCACGUAGCGAGGAGUCAAAUGCAAAACGACAUGCCCAGUGGUGUCCAGGAUGCGUUUUUGUUUUUUUUCAUGAAACGCGUUGUGCGCUCUCUCGAGGAUCGCCUCUGGCACCGUGCGGAGCAGGAGCGCACGGACGCGGGGGGGGUGCUGGAUGCGAUGUCCGUUCGCCUGGCGCCUGUUGCUGGUUUUCUGAUCUGCCGGCGUCGCGCCACCUCGCAUCAGGACCAUGUCGGAGGAGCACGCGGAGUCCAACUCCAGUCGGCACUAUUUCGACAGCGCCUCGACCAGGUUCCAGGGCAGCUUCGUGUUUUCCGGACCCGCGUUCGUCGUGUUGACGGUGAUGAUGGUGACUCUGGUCGUUGUGAUAGUUCUGGGAAACGCACUGGUCAUCGUGGCCUUUAAAGUGGACAAGAGUUUGAGGAGACAGUGCAAUUACUACUUCCUCAAUUUGGCAAUAUCAGAUUUUCUUGUAGGAGCAUUCUGCAUCCCGGUCUACAUCCCCUACAUCCUCACAGGCCGGUGGACACUGGGCCGAGGACUGUGUAAACUGUGGCUGGUCAUGGACUACCUGCUUUGCUCUGCCUCGGUCUUCAACAUCGUCCUCAUCAGCUACGACCGCUUUCUGUCAGUCACCAGAGCAGUAAGUUACCGUGCCAGACAGGGCAUGACUCAUCAAGCCAUAGUCAAGAUGAUCGCUGUCUGGGUGCUGGCCUUUGUCCUGUACGGCCCAGCGAUCAUAUUCUGGGAGCUGGUCGUGGGCAGAAGCCGUGUGCCAAAGGAUGAGUGCUUUGCGGAGUUCUAUUACUCUUGGUAUUUCCUGCUGAGCGCCUCAAUGCUGGAAUUUUUCUCUCCCUUCAUCUCCGUGGCUUUCUUCAACCUCAGCAUUUACCUCAGCAUACGCAGGAGGAGGCUCCACAGCGGGAAGGUGCAGCUGCACCUUCAAAUGAGCGAACCUGCCUCUGCCCAGGGGGAGGGCACCCCCAUGUCCCACAACUGGGGGUUUGGGACCAAACUGGCUGUAAGAGGCUCUUUCCACUCCCAGUCCUCCUCUCCCAGUUUGGGUAAACUACAUCCCUCACCCAGCAGGGUCGCCGCGCCAAGCCGCCUGUCCAGGGAUAAGAAAAUUGCUAAGUCCCUGGCCAUCAUAGUGUGCGUGUUUGCCAUCUGCUGGGCACCGUACACCCUACUGAUGAUCAUCCGUGCCGCCUGCAGAGGGCGAUGCAUCCAGCAUCACUGGUACGAGGUCACCUUCUGGCUCCUGUGGCUCAACUCUGCUAUUAACCCACUCCUGUACCCACUUUGCCACAGUAGCUUCCGCAGGGCAUUUAGCAAGAUCCUCUGCGCAAAGCGGAACACUACUCUGCCAUCAUCCGUCCCUCGUGCUGGCCAGUGACAAACGCAUGAACCAGCAAUGUGCCAAAGCUCUGGAUGGAAAUAUUCAAAAUCCAUAACCCAUGUAUUCCACAGUUUCAGCAGAUCAUUGCUUAACUGUGCAGCACAGUUUGUCAUAUAGACAAUAGUCAAUGGUUCUCAGUUGUGUUUGGAUGUAUAAUGUUGGUACUGUGCAAUAUAAUGUUCAUGUCUAACGUAUCUGUUAAACAUUCCUCAUACUGUAAGCAUAAAAAUUGUACUAUCUAAAAAUAUGCCAACAACAGUAUCACAUUAAUUACUAUAAUUAAAUAUAUGUACGUUUUCACUUAAUGUAAGAAGAAGUUUAUCAGCGCUGUGCUGGUUUUGGAUCAAACAGAAACAUGUCGUCAGGCCUGUUACCACGCAGACAAUGUAAUACUGAGAUGUUUCAGCUAUUACUGUGUUUAUUAUUAGAAAGAAGGUCAGGAAAUGCUUCUUCCUGAACUACUUUUUUAGCGCAUGGUCAUAUUACAGAUAUUCUCAAAAAAAAAAAGGAACGUUAAAGGUUCAACCGCAAUUUGUUGGUUGUGUUAUUCAAUUUUCUAAACACUAACCAGCUUAUAUUUUGAAUUUACACUUAUUAUAUAUAUGAUCACGUAGCCUGCUCUGACAUCCUUCCUUCAGCUGAGGUGAAACAAACAGAUAACUAUCACCCUCUGCUGUU